AUGUUUACGAGGCGGCUCACUUCUCUCUUUAAUCGAUCUUCAACCUCAAGUAUAAUUUCUGCUAUCCAUGAGUUUAAUGGGCUGAAGAAAUGUUUUUGGAACAGCUCAGACAAAGCUUCGAAAGAUGGGACAUUGGGCUCUUUUGGUCAUAAGGCAGUGUCUUUUGUCUUGAUUACAGUCACCGGUGGUGUUGCUUUGAGUGCGCUCGAUGACCUCUCUAUCUAUCGCGGAUGUAGCAGCAAGGCGAUGGAGAAGGUGAUGAAUAGUAAGGCUAUGAUUGAAGCCAUCGGAGAGCCAAUCGAAAAAGGGCCAUGGUACAAUGCAUCACUAGCUGUUUCUCAGCAAAGGCACUCAGUGUCUUGUUCGUUUCCUGUUAUUGGACCACAAGGCACCGGGGUCUUGCAUCUCAAAGCCGUUCGCAAUGGAGAAGAUAGCUUGUUCGGGUUUUUACAGCAAAGGGACUGGGAUAUUCUGAUAAUGGACGCACUUGUCCACGUCCCUUCAAACGAUGGACCUCAACAAACCUUGAGAAUAAACGUCUCUGACUUCGAUGCUCCCUCGGCUGUUACCGACAACAAACCUGCCGAACCACAAGAGCCAGAGAAGAGCUAA